CCUCCCCUCAACCCACAAACGCACCCAGCUCUCACUAAAAUCCACCCUUCUUCUGCUUCGUCUUCUUCUUCUUCACCCUUUGCUUUGCUUCGCAUUGCAGCUGCUCUGUCCUACUCACUCACUCACAGCAAAGUUUCUCGCACACACACUCUUGUUUUCAUCAUAGUUUUGUGUUCCACGUCUUUGGAGGCUUGGACCUGGUUGCUCCCAACGCCAGGUGUGAGAGAGAGAGAGAGAGAGAGAGAGAGUUAAAGAGAGAGGGUCUUGUCUUUCACUUGGCAAUUCUGUGGUUUUUCCUCAUGCGUUGAUUUGGUAGGGCCUGGGCUCGUUUGGUUGUGUUACAGUUGUGUGACGAUGAGUAGCUGCUGCGUGACUGGUAGUAUGGCAACAGUGGGCUUUCUAUGAACUUUGUCUGAGUAAUUUCAAGUUCGUUUCGUUGAAGGUUUGAGUUGCUGGUCUGUGUGUUGCAGAGUUCAGCUCAUUGGGGUUUAGUGGGUCUUGAUUUUGUGGCUGGAGGUUUGGCUUUGAGUUUCUCUCAUUUGCCCUGUUGGAGGGGUGUGCGUUCGGGACAUAGGGCCUGUCGUUUUGUUUCCUGUUUUGACUCUCUUGAGAUUUGGUUGAGAUUUGGUUAGUUCGAAACGGACUUUCUGAGGUCGUGAAGGGAGAUACAUUAGUCCUGGGGUUAAUGUGGAAAGCACAGAGCGAUAACUUUUCUUCACUGAUUUCAUGUUAUUUAAGUGCUAGAAAUUGUGCAUCUAGUGACUCAAUGUGAAUUUGUGCGAAUUUUGGUUUUUGGUUUAGAUCUUUGGAGGGACAAACGUUGUGGUCUGUCCCAACCAAGCACUCAGACUUAUGAGUACUCUGACAUGAGGUGUUCAGCACUUUGAUAAAAGUGGAAAGCUGCGAUUCUUUUUAUUUCUUUUUGUAAUUUGGAGUUUAUGGUAGGUUUAGUACAAAUACUGGAUAAGUUGGAGCUAGAAUUACAGUAUGGAGGACUAGAACAAUCCAUUGAAGUGGUAAAUUUGGAGGUGAUGAGCUUCACGUUGAACCUAGUAAUCUUGAGAGCACCUGAUCUACGAAUCCACCGGUACUUCUUUUUGCCACUCUAGCUAUGUAAUCUGAAGUUUUUAAUGUGUUUCUCAGCUUGGCAGGUUUUGACUUGGUGACUGGUUAGGAGAUUAAUGGCAUUGUCCACCGCAUCUGAAUCUAGGCGUGCUGGGCCUCAGGAUCCCAUGCCGUCGGUGAGUACCCACGAUUCUUCGGGAGCAAAGUUGAAGAAUUUCAAGUUUGUAUUUGUCACAGGUGGGCCGGGAAGUGGGAAAAGCACACAAUGUGCUAAGAUUGUGGAGAAUUUUGGGUUUGAACACCUCAGUGCGGGAGAUUUGCUGCGAGCAGAGCAAAAUUCAGGCACUGAAAUUGGGAACAUGAUUAAAGAUUUGAUCAAGGAAGGAAAACUAGUACCAUCAGAAGUGACCGUAAAGCUGAUUCUGAAGGCGAUUUCGGAGAGUACCAACGAUAAGUUUUUGAUCGAUGGAUUUCCAAGAAACGAAGAGAACCGCGAGGUUUGGGAUCGCGUGACUGGACUUAAACCUGAGUUUAUUCUCUUCAUUACUGGCUCAGAGGAGGAGAUGGAAAGACGAGUUUUAAGUCGCACUGGGGGUCGAGAUGAUGAUAAUGUUGAAACUAUUCGGAAUCGGUUCAAAGUAUUUAAUGAAUCUACGUUGCCUGUUAUCAAACGCUAUGAGACCAACACCACAGUACACAAGGUAAAUGGAUUGCACUCUGCCGACGAAGUUUUUGCCUCAAUCCGACCAUUGUUUGAGCUUAUUGUACAGGCCAGCUAGUGGAAAGUUUGGACUUCCCCAACUUCAUACUCAACCUGAGCCAAGCUAAUGAUAGCUGUUCUAUAUCACAAAUGCUGAGCUCCAGUGUAGUGGCUCGCAAAUUUACUAUCCUCAACACUAAGCUGUUUGUAUUAUACACGAGUAUUGAAACAAAAAAACAUCCUAGAUAAUGAGGACGUGAAGACUUAUCAUAGGACAGGAGCGUGGCAAUGGCUGCAAAAUGAUGAUAGUCAGAAGCCUGGGAAGUUGACCAUUACCACCCAUCUGUUGCAACCACCGUCCACCAUUACAUAGUUUUUUAUAUUAGUUGUGGAAAAAUAAAUGAUUAACGUUCAAUUUGUAAAAAUACAAGUGGCGUAGCUUGCAGAUACGCACAGAAGUUCCCAACCCAUCUGGACAAUAAACCAAAUAAAUAUUCAUGAUCACCUUCACAACAAA